AUGAGAAAAAAUGAAGAUCGAAAACCAUUUUUACCCUCAUAUCAACAUAGUAGACCUCAUUAUUUAAUAAAUGAAGGGUCAUCUUCUCCUGAAAUUUCAUCAAAACCUUUAAAACCAAUGUAUAGAGGAAAAGUUGUCUCUAAACAAUCAUCAUUUUCCUCUUCAUCUUCUUCAAGUCUUUCUGCAACAUUAACUGAAAAUUCUAUAAAUCUUCUUAAAAAUACUACUACUAAUAUUAGAAGAAAAAAAAAAAAUUUUAGUUAUGAUAAUAAGAAAUUAAAACAUUUAAAUAAUAAAAAUCCUCAAAGAGGAAUUGUUUCUUUUCAAAAUGUGUCUUAUAAAUUAACAAAUCUUUCAGAAGACGAAAAUCCACUUUCUGAAGAAGAGGGAUCAUCACAAACUAGUGAAGGCGCUGAAAAUAGUCGUUUAAUGGAAUAUUCUGAAGAUGAUGAAGAUCCAUAUCCUACUACAGGUAAACGUGAUCAAUCAUCUUCAUUUUUAAAUACUGGAAUACCUUCACAACCAUUAUCAUCUUCAACAAAAACUCAUUCUAGAUUAACACAAAGACGUUUUACUUUGAAUCCUCUUAUAUUUGCUAAAGAAGAAAGAGAUGCUAGAAGACAAUCAUUAGCUCAACUUAAACUUAGUUAUUAUCCAUCUAAUGCACAUCCUGAUGUCUAUGAUACUGGUCAUGGAUUUUGUGGGUGGUUUCUUAUGAUAUUAUCGUAUAUUAUUAUGUUAGCUACUUUUCCUAUAUCAAUUUGUUUUUGUAUUAAAGUUGUACAAGAAUAUGAAAGAGCUGUAAUAUUUAGACUUGGUAGAUUAAUUGGUGGCGGUGCAAAAGGUCCUGGUAUAUUUUUUGUAAUGCCUUGUAUUGAAUCUUAUACAAAAGUUGACUUAAGAACAGUGUCUUUCAAUGUUCCACCACAGGAAAUUUUAACAAAAGAUUCAGUAACUGUAUCUGUUGAUGCUGUCGUUUAUUAUCGUAUUAGUCAAGCAACAAUAUCUGUGGCAAAUGUUGAAAAUUGUCAUCAUUCAACAAGACUUCUAGCACAAACUACUUUAAGAAAUAUGUUAGGUAUGAAAAAUUUAUCUGAUAUUUUAGCUGAUAGGGAACAUAUUGCAAGUUAUAUGCAGACAUUGCUUGAUGAUGCAACAGAAAGUUGGGGAAUUAAAGUUGAAAGAGUUGAAAUUAAAGAUGUUCGAUUACCAGUUCAACUUCAACGUGCAAUGGCAGCAGAAGCAGAAGCCACUAGGGAGGCUCGAGCUAAAGUGAUUGCCGCAGAGGGAGAACAGUUAGCUUCAAAAAGUUUACAAGAAGCUGCUAAUAUAAUAUCUCAAUCACCGGCUGCUUUACAAUUGAGAUAUCUUCAAACAUUAAAUAGUGUUGCUGCAGAGAAAAAUUCAACUAUAAUUUUUCCAUUGCCAAUUGAAAUUAUCAAGUACUUCUUUAAUACAACUUCUUCUAACAAUAAUGAUAACAAAAAAGAACAUAGUACAUUGCCUAUCUAA